UUAAGGCGGCAUCCGAGAUGCAUUCAAUGGCAGCCUGGCUAUUGAUGACCCUGCUGGCCAGCACAGCAGCAGCUGCCGAGCAGCUCUCCACGGAGCUGGACGACUAUGCCACAGCUGGCAGCGAGGAUAUAUACUUGCAGCCCAACAGCGGGCAGGCGCAGGCGGAGGAUGAGGAGGACGACGAAGAUGCACAGUACCUGGAUGUAGAUGAUGAGAAGGAUGAGGAUGAGGAUGAGGAGGAAGAGGAGGCAGAGGCGUCGGCAGAAUCCCUUGGCAAUAACAUCGAUGCCAUCGGCCUGGACGAGAACAGCUGCGAGUUCAGCUGCCCGCGCUAUUAUCGUCCCGUUUGCGUCAGUCGCAACGACGAGCUGAUCACCUAUGCCACGCCCUGCGAGUUCUUCAAUCAGCUGCGCUGCGCCAAUGUCGCGCGGCAACGAGGCAAAGAGACGCCCACCUUUCAGUUGUUGUACCACAAUGCCUGCAAACAAAAUACACGCUAAUAUAAUUAUGUUUCUUUUUAUACCCUGAA